UAUUUAGCGACUGAUAGUGAGGGACGUGCAACGAGAUAUUUCGCAGUCGCACGUCUUGCGUGAGCUCGUCUUAUAGCAAUUGGACACCGAUAUCAUAGCGCAAAACAUUUCGCUGCGAAAUGGUGGUGCAAACAGCUUUCUUGAUAGGCAUGCUGGCGAUGCUUGCAGUGACAGGAGCACAACCGAUUAAAUUCCUGCAAGAAGAUGCUGGCGAAUCAAAUGGAUUGCAGGCAUUGCAGGCAAGGAGGGUCGGCCUUGUUUUGCUGAACGUCGGCCACCGCCUCAAGAGCAUUGUCGACCAAGGAAAAGAACAUGUUACGGGAGACGAUGUCAGUGAAUACAGCAUCUUGAAGCACCUCUGGAAAGCCUACAAGUGUGUGACAGAUACUGCUAAGGGCUCGGUGACUCGAGUAGCGUCGAAGGCAGCAACAGUGAUUCAGAACGCGAUAAAGAGAGCGGUGGUUGGAAGGUACUCUCAAAGUGAAGGUGGUCCGAGGAAUAUACUCGCCGAAAUAUUCGCAGACAUCGAAAAUACUGGGGCUGAGAUACUCCAGAGUGAUUUAUUGCGUUUCAGUGGCGGCACGUCCAGCAUCGAUCCUCUGGCUCCAGAAGAAGAAGAUUUUGUCCAAGAAAUCGUUCUUGCCUUUCAUAACCUAACCUAAAGGCAUACACCCGCCGUACCUUGUUAACUAGCACGUUCCGAGAUAUCAACCUCUACUAAAGUGGCACACAUAUGCGGGCAAGUGUUGGUAGUGCUUGCGGACAGGCAAAGGACGAAGGCGACAUUAUAUUGCGGAAACGGGACAUUACCGCGCACAUGUUACGGGAUCAUCGUAAACAGGGACAAGCGAGAAAAUAAAACCAACGUGUAACGCGGCUGUUAUACUGUUACAUCAAGAUUACUGACACGGAUGCAACUAUGAUUCCAGAUUAAAAAUACAAUGCAACUGUA